AUGAGCCCGGCUGCAACUGAAACUGCUGUUGAAAAAGUAGUGUGGUCCGCGAAGCAGGUCAAACCGGCGCCGGUGGUCUCCGAGGGCCACAAACACGGUGGUGAGGACUUGACUCCGCUCCAGGCUGUCUGCCAUGGCGAUCAAGUCCUCCCGGCAAUCCCAUCAUUCACCUCCAAAGCAAAAGAACGGGCGUGGCUCCUCGAACACAUGGCUGCGGUCUUCAGAGCCUGGUCUCGCAUGGGAUUCUGCGAAGGACUGAGCGGUCACAUCUCGGUUCGCGAUCCGGAGAAAGACGCAAUUUGGAUGAACCCUCUCGGGAAGCAUUUUGGAUUGAUGACUGCUGGCGAUAUGAUCUGCUUAGACAUGGAGGGCCGAGUGAUCGGAGGCAAUCGGGAGCGACCGGCAAAUGCCGCAGGUUUUCUCAUUCACAGUGCCAUUCAUAAAAGACGUCCCGACGUUCGGGCCAUUUGUCAUGCACACACGCAGGCGGGCCGUGCAUGGGCAGCAUUCGGCCGUCCGCUGGAUAUGCUGAGUCAAGAUAUUUGCACCUUCCACGACCACCUUGCCGUCUACAAUGAUUAUGGUGGCAUAGUCUUCAUCUCUGAUGAAGGCGAGCGUAUUGCAAGCGCAUUGGGGCCGAAGAACAAGGCCGCCAUUCUUAUGAACCACGGUCUGAUCACUGUGGGGGGCACUGUGGACGAAGCCGCUUUUCUCUUCGCCCUACUUGAGCACAGUUGCGACAUUCAGUUGAAGGUCGAGGCUGCCGCAGCUAACGGACUGGAGAAGGUCAUCAUCGCACCAGAAGAAGCCGCCUACAAUUUCAAGAUGGCCAGCGAUCCAGAGACUCUGUACCUGGAAUGGCAAACCGAGUAUGAUUACGAAGAGGAGAUUAGCAACGGCGCCUUCAAGAAAGGCUCGGAAAAGCAGUGCCUGGACUGA